AAAGCGCUGUGUUGUGUUCUCGUUCAACUCUCACCGCCAUGGUUCAGUAUUCCGCUGUUUUCCUGAUUCUCUCUUUUUUUGGCGGCUCACUGGGAACAACCACCUCACCUCAGCAACAGAACGCCUCAAAGUUAAAAGACUUAUGCCAGGUAAGAAAUGCAGAGGAUAUAAAAAGGAGUACUGCGCCGUAGAUUAGGUACACCAAGAAACUGUUUUACUAGUCUCACGUCGUUAUGAUCAUUUACUAAAAAGUACCCGCUAAAAGUGUAUGGCAGUUUAUUUAAAAGUCCUCUCUGUAGCAUGAUCUUUCCUCGAAAACCUGAAGCCUGUCCAUUGUUAACUGUUAAUUUUCUCUGAUUCCAUCAAAGUCCAUUCGAGGCGAGAUUCUGAUGUCCAAGGUUCAUUCCGUGCCUCGGAAAACAACGGAGACAGCCGGCGGGUACAGACUUUGUUCAUUUAGGUGUGGAAUCAUUGUUUGCGAGGGCUGAGCUACGGGCGUGUAUAAACGGAAUUAUGCUUUCAUUUGCAAAAGAGAAUUAAUCUAAGUAAAAAUGACCUGCAUAAUUUCUUACAGACAAGGUCCUAAAACUGGUAUGGAUUUUAGGGGUCAAGUCUGAAAUCGGGUGUAAAAAAUGACGUGAUUUGGUCUGAAAUAGAGUCAGGAUUUGGGGAGCCGCGCGGCACAUCUCCACCAAAAAUUCCCAGGAGUACAUCAAGCACCCCCCCCCCCGAGUUAUUUAUGAUCCCGUGUCGUCUUUGUCUCUGCUAAUUACAAGUCAUCUUUUCUUUCAGGGAUCUAUGCCGGGUUUCCCUGGUAUUCCAGGAUCAAAUGGAAUACCGGGAGUGCCGGGCGUCCCGGGGCCACAGGGCACCCAGGGAAGGGACGGUGUGAAAGGACAAAUUGGUGAUAAAGGAUCACAAGGAAUGCCGGGUCCAAGAGGAGACAGAGGGCGCGAAGGACCCCCUGGGAAGAGUGGACCCCAAGGAUUUAAGGGAAUGAAAGGUCAACAGGGAAUUGUGGGAAUGAAAGGAGAGGCAGGCAUUGCGGGAAUGAAAGGAAGAAAAGGAGACAAAGGAGAAAGCACCAAAGCAAGUCAAGCAAGUGUAGUACCACAAACCAACUGGAAACAAUGUGUGUGGGGCGCACAAAUCAAUAUUGCUGAAGGAAAGAUUAAGGUACUUUAAUUAAAAUAAUAAUCAUAACACACUCUUAAGAAAAUUCAUUCCUUUUUAAAUUAAAAUGUUUCAAAGAAAAACAUCUGUCCUCGCACUCACCGUUUGACAACACAUUACAUAAAUAACUAAGUUACAUUUUCCUCUACUUUGGUUAAUUUUGAACGAAAAAAAGAAAACCAUCAUGCGUGAUAAAAUGAUUUCUAGCCAUAUGGAUAAGGACAACAAAAAUAUAAGCUAUUACAGAGUUUUUAAACAUUAGGAAGUAAACUUGAGUGGAGUUGUUAGUAUCAAUUAUUACACACGGUUGUUCGCCUUACUACAAUAUGCUUGAUUUGUUUGAUUCAAGAGAGGAUAAAAGGGACAGAGGAGACAUCCCCCAUACACACCCUAUUCCAUAGGUAAUUCGUCUCGAGUUAAUUUCUAGAAUCGGGAUAAAGUUACCUCGCGCGCUGUUUGGAUGUUUUGUGGAGGUUUCGCAUGACUAAACACCGUGCAAAACACAUAUUGGGCGAAGGGCAAUGAAAGCGUAAAGAGAUCGAGAGCAUUCCUGAAUUUUGACGCGAAAUGAGUCGGCGCUCACCUUGGAAAAGGGAAUCACUAGACUUUUUGACAACCCGUGAAAUCAGUUUAACUCGAAGUUGUCGUAACCUCAGUGCUUUAAUAAAAUGAGAAAUUUCGCCGGUCUAUUGAACAGGUCGUUUGUACAAUAAACCAAAUAGGACGCCAAGUGUUAUUUUUGUUAAAUAAUAAAAGACUAAUCAAAGAAUAAAUAUCAAACCAGAAAUUGCUCUCUUUAAACUGUAAAAUUAGAAAUGAUCCUGAGAGAAUAUUCAGUGUAUUAAGGAUUUCCCUGCUGUACUGUUAGCUCUAUACAAGAGAGGAAGGGCUAUUCUUUUUUUUAAUUUCCGUUUCGCUGACACAGCUUUAGCAAAAAUCUUUCUGUAGUCUUUUUCGUCGACAAAACGGAUAGCAAUAUCGCUCUCCGCGUCUUCCGCCAUUUUGUUCUGUGUCAAUUCGUGAAGGACGCGUGGCUCUGAGUGUGGGUCACCCACGCGGAACUCAUUCGCGCUAUGUGAUUGGCUGUUGUCUAAUUCCCCUAGGGAUCUGUGGUCUUAAAAAUAACUCGAGACGAAUUACCUAUGGAAUAGGGUGUGUAUGGGAGAUGCCUUCUCUGUCCCCUUUAUCCUCUCUUGGUUUGAUUUUAUUCCAGGGCUGUGCGUUUAACAAACUGCAGUCUAAUUCAGCGCUCAGAGUCUCAUUCCAGGGAUACAUGAGGGUCCUGGGUGGUUCUAAGUGUAACCGCUGGUAUUUCAAGUUCAAUGGAAAUGAAUGCAGUGGACCAGUGACGAUUGAGGCUGUUGUUUACAACUUAUCGUCAUGGAACCCUAAUCUGGUGCAUCAUCAGUCAUUUGAGGGGUACUGUGAAAACAUUCCACAAGGGGCGGUUAGAGUGGAAUUAUGGGUAGGAUGGUGUCGUGGUCGCUGGGAACCAGGUAGUUCUUACACUGGGUGGAAUUCAGUAUCUCGGAUAAUGAUUGAAGAAGUAUCUAGGUCCCAGUCCUAAUAAGGGGAGUCUUUAACUUUGGCGCUGUUUCAAUUUCUUUAGAAUUGCAUUCUACAAAUAUAGACUGUAAAGUGCAAGGUGUGAAAGUAUCGUUUUUGGUUAUUUUCUUUUCAGC